AUGAAUCAAGGAGACCAAAGAAAGGAUCAGGCUGGCUUUCUGCCACGGAGACGACCUCAAGCGUUCGAUUUAGAAGAAAAUGCCAGAAAUGGUAAUUCAUUUGCAACGUCAUCUCAGUCUCUGCCUUAUUCACACAGCAUGGCUGCAUCUUACAGGCAGCCAUUCAAUUAUUGGCCUCCCUCGGGUUAUCAAACCCACGGUCAUCCUGCUGGAACCAUGCAUCGCUAUCCAGGCCACCAGAUGUUUAUGCAGCAUGGCCCUUUCGGUGGUGACAGUGAUCAGUACAGGGCUGUUGGCUAUCUUCCACAGUUUCGCAUGAGGUUUCCUCAAAAUUCAGACCAUCAGCAUCCUUCCUUGUUUAGCGGUGAGUCGAGGAGAAACGGUUUUGAUUUCCAUUGUGAUAGAAGACGCUAUGAUAAUGCUGCAAAACAUAGGUUUGAUUUUGCCGGACCAGGCUUCCGCGAGAGAGGAUUUAAAUCGGAUCAAGGCGCUCGGCCAAAAUCUGGCAAGUUUUCUGGUAAUACCAUUAAAAUCCAAAAAAAGAAAUCUAAUCAUAAUAAUUCAUCCAAUGUUUCAACACAAGACGGAAAUGCAGAUAAGGCGGAUGAUAAGUUGAAGAAGAAAAGUAAAACAAAGGGUGAAGUUUGUCAUAAUAAUAAACUUGUUACAAGUGCGUCAUGUACAGAGACUGCUUCAUCAAGGAAAUAUAAACAUUCCCCAGCAUUAGAGAAUGACUCAGAAGAUAAGACGUUAUACUGUCCUGUUUCAGAGAAUAGGGAAUCUGUGGAUUUGAGUUUUUGUGAUGUUGAGGGCGCAGUCGGUGGAGAUAUUCAGGAAAAUUUACAGAUAGAGCACAUGGCUGUACAGGAAGAUGUUCAUUUCUGUAAGCGUUCAUUUGAUAAAAAUUUGAUUGAUGAAGGGGCUGUCUGUGACCUGGAUAAGAUGUUUCAGCACCAGGAGGCUUCUUGCUAUAGCAGUGAUGACAGCCAAUCAGAUUCUGAGUUGAGGAAUUGCACUGGACACGCAGAUGAAACGAUGAUUAUAACUUCAUGCAAACAUAAUGGUAACCUCUGUACAAAUUUAUUUGACGAUGAUUCUGAGUCCGAAAACUGUUCUUACGUUUACAACCCAAAGCUGGCACAUGGACGAAAAGACAUGUCAUUCUCAGAGCUGACUCCAGCUGCUAGUGUUGUACCUAGUUCGUCUACGCACAGUGUUAAAAGGCAUAAUUUUAGUGACAUGGUCCGGCUGGAUGUCGGUAGCGAAGGAAGACUUUCGCUUGCGUGUGAAUGUGGUGGUGAUAAUUUAGAUGAUGGUGAGGAUACUGGUGAUUUCAUUGAUGCAGAUUUGCCAUCACACAACAAACACAUUUUAUCCAGUUCAGAUGAGAUGGAUAAUAUUUCUUCCAACAGUAGCAGUGACCAUGAGGGAAGUAGGGAACUGAAUAGUAAUUUUGCUAGUAGAAGGAAAAGACAUUCAGAAUUUGAGUGUAAUGAUUUGUCUUCUGAUGAACCAAAGGUUCACAAUGAGUUGGAAGUAUUGAGUAUUGAUGGGAAUUCUGAUAAGUGGAGCACUGCUUUAUCUAGUCGUGUUGAGAAUAAUGAAGAAAUUGAGAUUACCAGAGAUUCAUCUCCUCUUUUGAGAAGUGCAACUUCUUGCAGUAGCAGCAGUGAAAAUGAGAAUGGAGAUAGUUCUGUGUUAGAUGCUAAUUCAUUUCUCAAUUCUGCUGUGGGGAGUCCGGUACCGUUUGUGUGUUAUAGUUCUACCAGCUCAUGCCUAGACGGUGCUGCAGCUUCACAAGUAACUUUGGAUAGUUCUCACAAACUUCAAGUCGAUCCAUGCAAUUCUUGCCCUCCUGGUGCUGAAUGCGAGCUGCCACAGGCUUCCCCUUCUCAGUAUUUCUUCCAUUCAGACAUGUUCUGCUGCGGCGGUAUACCCAGCUCUUGUAACGGCACUAAAUCCAGCCAAAGUCCUAGAAGAGAGCAUACUGCAUUCACCGCCAGCAGUGCACCUGGCUCUAGUGACAGUUGCACACAGAUGCACAAGCAGGAAUUGUCAGGCUGCUCAGCCACUUCAGGCAGCGGUGCCUGUUGUCCGCCUAGCUAUCAGCUGUCCCAGGUUAAUGACCUCAAUGCUUGCUGUCACCAUAGUCACAGCCAUGUGGCAAAUGGUUUCUGUCGUGAUGGACCAGAAACCAAUUUCAACAGUGACAGCAGUAACUUGCACCAGAAAGUUUUUGCCAAGUUCCCUGUAGAGGAUGCAGUCAAUGACAGAGGAUCUCACACAGCAUCAUCUGGUGAUCCGGAAGAUAUGGAUGGUUUUUUUGGCAGGAAGCUUGACAAAAACAGUGAUAAUGGAGGAUCAGAGGACCCUCUCAGCCAUGACAGUGAAGAUAAUGUGGACAUGGUUCUGCUGCCCAUGGAGGAGGAGAUUGAGCCUGUUCACCACAUGGGGGCUGGGCUGUGUGCUGGUGGGGUGGAAGACAGUGACGAGUUCUACCAGGAUCUUCAGCUAGCCACUUCAGGAGCUUUGCGAGGGACAAAUAUGUUGCACCUCUGUGAUGAUCAUCAAUACUUGUGUGUGCACGAUCAGAACCCACUACGAAAUGGCAUGCCGAGCAAAGAGUUCUAUGACCUGAUUAAAACAGUCAGCACCACGGAUAGCUUCAUGAGGUUUUUUGAUAAGGAUGGGCAGGAUGUACAGCGACAGCCAGUCACAUCUUGUGAGGAUGAUGAUGAUGAGAACAGUAAGGAGAAUGGUACUUCAGGCGGUCAGAACUCCAAGACAGAAAGGCUGAAAGUGGAUCGUGUCAUGAUCUGGAAUGAGUAUGAAGCCUAUGUGAUGCAGUUCAAGCAGAUUGCUGUAUCUGCAUGUGGGCAGACAGCUGUUCUCAACGUGCUGAAAGCACUGAAGUUUAAUUUUGAGAAGUCUGCAGUGUGCAAGAUAAUUCAAACCAGCUUGAGAAAAGAAGAUGCUAGUAUUCCCGAAUACCUCUUUUCUCGGGCAAAAGCUGGUACUACAGCUGAAGAACUCUUAUUGGGUGUUGAGAAGCUGAGCGGAGGGGCAGUGGGGGGCAGAUUCUUCCAUUUCUGGCCACCCCGAAAUGUGAAACUCUUACAGUGGCUUGCCUACUGGAUGAAAAGAGGUGCUAUUCCUAUAGCCACACUGAAUCUCCAGCAAGGGCCCCAUUCUCUGUGGCAGGUCCCAGACUCCUGGCACCAUCAGAUGGUAUAUGGGGUCAGUCAUCAAGGUUUAUAUUUAACAAACCCGCUAGAGAUUGUGUCAGAACGUUCUGCCAUGAAGCAGUUAUGCAGCGACUCUGUUCUAAUGGUGAGAAGGCAGGAUAUUAUUUCACGCUUCAGGGAGACUACUGAUUUAAGUCACUUGCUCAGCCACGCAGAUCCACGGUGGAGGACCAUGAAUGUAUUAGGACAAGUUGUGAACGUGCUAAGAGAGUUCAACAUGCCCAGUGUUCCAGGCUACAGGCUCCAAGUGACCUCACACAUCACAAUCCCAGCUUCCUACAAGGCUGGGAUCACGCUUUUCAUGCCCAAAGACAAGUCUGCAUGGACAACACUCAUGAAUGCCCCAGAGAUUCCCUUGGAAGAGUGUUGA